UCGAUACGAAACUUUACUAUAAUAAUAUUUAAUCAUAUCGAAAUGUAAUCAUUUCGUUCGAAAAUCGAUCGUAGAAUAGAGAAUAUUGAUCUUAGUGAAUACGAUCUUAACGAUAGAGGAUCGAUUAUAGGACGUUCGAACAAUGAAUGAAGGGAAUCAUGAAAAAGGGAGGGAAAGGGGUCGUUAAACUUGAGACCGUUGUUGUCUUUCCUUUUCCUCGAAGAUAUAGUUUUGUGAUUAAUAGCUAUUUAUACGUGGGGAAGAUAGAGACACGUUUUAAAACGCUAUAUAAUAUCUACUACGCGCACAUAAAGAGUAUAUAUUUCUCGCGAGUCUAAUCUACGAGAAUAAACUAUAAUCAUCUUUCGUCGAGGUCUCGAUUUACUUUGAACGUAAUCUUCCGAUAACCACGUUUCUCCGAUAACUAUUUGUCCGUUUCUAUUCUCAUAGAGAGAAACAUUUCCUUGAUUUACUAAGAAGAACUUAAAUCUCGAAACAUUUCGUUGAUAUCACACGAAAUGUUAAUUAUUGAUUUUAAAAGAUAUUACAUAGUAUCAAAGUCGAGUGAUAGGAAAAUUCGAACUUUUUUCUCUUCUCGUAAUUGUUAUUGAUCGAUAGAAAAGAUGCUGGAAGAUGGUGAAAAGACGUUAAGAAAAAAGAAAAAAAAAAAAAAAAAAAAAAAAGAGAAGAAGAAGAGGAACUAUCUUACCCACGCGCGCAUAUCUUUUAUCUGCGAAAGGCCAUUAUCAAUUUAGACAAGUGGGAAGUGCAGUGGCCGUAUCCGGCAGCACAAACAACAAACGAUUUUCCUUCGUUAGACAUACAUAUUAAAUAUAUGUAUAUGUAUAUAUGUAUAUAUGUAUAUAUGUAUAUAUGUAUAUAUAUAUAUAUGUGUGUGUGUGUGUGUGUGUGUGGACGAUUUAUCGGCACGAAGCUUAAAAAAAUCGCACCAAAUAAAAGAAUGUUCAUUGUCAGAAGCAUGCGAACUGGAUCAGAUGCGAUACGGAUGUCGGAUUUAUAAUGCCCAAUGUAGCUGCGGUUAUGGUUGUAAGGCCGAGUAUAGAUACGACACUAACGAAGAUUGUAAAUUAGCAUUGAGAGGUAGACUCAAUGAUAUAUGCUAUAGAUCUAAUCCCUGUUUGUACGGUGGCUCUUGCUCGCAAAUUUCACCCAAUCCAGGAUUCAAAUGUCGAUGCGAGGGUACAGGAUAUUAUGGUACACGCUGCGAAAAACCUUGUCCAGCACCCAACAAUCUACGUUAUCGUGGACCAUUUCCUUACGAGUGUGUUGUUAUCUGAUAUCGAAAAUAUUCCUUUCCGUACCCACACACCCCCACCGUUCUCUUCCAUUGAAACUUACGAAUCUGAAAUAUUUUUACGUUAAGUACAAAAAGCUAGCACAUAUAUACAUAUUUUCGGAUACACAUCUUUGUACAUACAUAAUAAACAUGCGAUAACAAUA